AUGUCAGUUCAACCUCCUUUAUCAGCUUCUUCAUAUAACUCUGUACUUGAUUUAAAGUCUGUUAGCUCUUCCAGUAAUGGAUGGGUUAUUCAAAAAUUCGGUGGUACCUCCGUUGGGAAAUUUCCAGAAGAUAUUGUUGAUAAUAUUGUGAAAGUAUAUUCUAAGAAUUACAGAGUUGCAGUUGUUUGUUCUGCAAGAUCAUCCAAUACUAAAAGUGAAGGGACUACCUCUAGAUUGUUGAAAGCUGCAGAUUUAGCUUCUGAAAAUGGUGAUUUCAGAUCCUUAUUAAAUGUUAUAAAGCAAGAUCAUGUUGAAAAUGCUGAACAACGUAUUUCUAAUAAAGACUUUCAAAAUGAAUUGAUUAAGGCUACUGAAAAAGAGAUAAGUAGGGCCGAUGAAUUAUUGAACGCAUCUCAAAUCAUUGGUGAGAUUAGUAGUAGAACUUUGGAUUCAAUCAUGUCAAUUGGUGAAAAAUUAUCUUGUUUAUUCAUGUCCUCGUUGAUGAAAGAUCAUGGUUUACAAUCUGUUUAUAUUGAUUUAUCUGAUAUCAUUCCUUUAGAUUAUGAUUUUUCAAAUGGGUUUAAUGAUGAUUUUUAUAGAUUUUUAGCUGUUCAAUUAGGUCUUAAGAUUAGUUCAUUACCUGAAGAUGUUGUACCUGUUUUAACUGGUUAUUUCGGGACUGUACCAGGUGGUUUACUUAAUGGUGUUGGUCGUGGUUAUACUGACUUAUGUGCAGCCUUGAUUGCAGUUGGUGUUCAAGCGGAAGAAUUACAUGUUUGGAAAGAAGUUGAUGGUAUAUUCACUGCUGAUCCAAGAAAAGUUCCAAAUGCUAGAUUAUUAGAUAGUGUUACACCUGAAGAAGCUGCAGAAUUAACCUAUUAUGGUUCUGAAGUUAUCCAUCCCUUCACUAUGGAACAAGUCAUAAAAGCUAAAAUUCCAAUCAGAAUUAAAAAUGUUGUCAAUCCAAGAGGUAAUGGGACUGUUAUAUAUCCUGAUAAUUUGGGUAGAAGAGGUGAAGCUACUCCUCCUCAUCCUCCAGCUGCUUAUGAAACUUUACCUCCUAAUUAUCUCGCUCAUUUAAAGCAAAGAUCAGCUACUGCUAUUACUGCUAAGCAAGACAUUGUUGUAUUAAAUGUUCACUCUAAUAAAAAGACUUUAUCCCAUGGGUUUUUGGCUCAUAUCUUUACCACUUUAGAUAAAUAUAAAUUGGUUGUUGAUUUAAUUUCAACUUCAGAAGUUCAUGUUUCUAUGGCUUCUCAAAUUCAACCUGACCAAGAAACUAACUUGAAAAAUGCAGUCAAAGAAUUAAGAAAAAUGGGUACGGUGGAUAUUACAAGAAAUUUGACUAUUGUUUCAUUAGUUGGCAAACAAAUGGUAAACCUUAUUGGAAUUGCUGGUAAUAUGUUCAAAGUUUUAGCUGAUGAAAAGAUAAAUAUUGAAAUGAUUUCUCAAGGUGCUAAUGAAAUAAACAUAUCAGCAGUUAUUAACGCUAAAGAUACUAUAAGGGCUUUAGUAUCCAUUCAUGCCAGAUUAUUGGAAGGAAAAUAUACUGAUGAUAGUCAAGAUAAUUCCAAGUCUGCAGUUGAUACAAGAUUAGAAUCUUUAAAGUUACAAAAUUAA